GAAGCAACGGAAAAAAUGGCAUCCAACUUCAGGCAAAAUCUCCUGUCUUUGCUCUGUUUUUGGACACUAAUACCUCUGUUUCUCAAACAGUCAAUGGCAGUCGAUACCUUAAAAGCAGGCCAGUCCAUUAACGAUACUCAAUUCAUUGUUUCAGCCACACAGAAGUUUGAAUUGGGUUUCUUCACUGAACCCAAAUCCUCAAAUUUCAAGUACUUGGGAAUAUGGUAUAAAGAAAUUCCCGACGUGGUUGUUUGGGUGGCAAACAGAGAUAAACCAAUUAUAAACUCCUCUGCCACUUUGAAUAUCAAUGGAGAUGGAAACUUAGUUCUUGUAAAUCAAACAGGUGAAGCUUUUUGGUUUUCAAAUUCUUCAAGAUCAGUUAAAAACGCCAUUGCCCAGCUGCUGGAUACAGGUAAUUUUGUGAUAAGAGAUUCGACUUCAGAGUCUGAAAAUUACGUGUGGCAGAGCUUUGAUUACCCAUUUGAUACUCUGUUACCGGGGAUGAAGCUCGGGUGGGACUUGAAAACAGGUUUAAACAGAAAGUUAAUAUCAAGGAGAAGUCAAAUGGAUCUAUCUUCAGGAAAACUCAGCUAUGGGAUUAACACAGACGGGCUUCCUCAACUUAUGGUUCGUGAAGGAAACAAGACAAUGUUUAGAGGGUGGCCAUGGUUUGGGGAUGGUUUUAGGCGGAGUAGGUCACAAGAGGCAAAUUUCGUGUAUAAUACUUCACUUGAGAUAUCAUUUUCAUAUAGCAACGAUCCAGAUAAUGAGCCUUCAAGAGUUGUGUUGGAUUCAAGUGGGUUUGUUGUACACUAUGUGUGGAGCAAAAGGGACGAAAAUUGGCACUCAUCUUACACGUUUGAAGGAUCUGGGUGCAACAGCUAUGAAUUAUGUGGGAAUUUUGGUCUCUGUAGCUCUGUUUUAGUAGCGAGUUGUGGUUGUUUAGAUGGGUUUGAACGAAAGCCAAACCAAAAUAUUUCAGAUGGGUGUGUGAGAAAGGAUCCAGAAACCUGCAGAAAAGGAGAGGGAUUUAGAAAGAUAAGUAAUGUGAAAUGGCCAGAUUCAAGUGGGGAGUUUGUGAAAAUCAAAUUGGGCACUCAAAAUUGCGAGAAGGAGUGUUUGAACAAUUGUUCUUGCUUGGCUUAUGGUGCAUUGAAAAUUCCAGGAAUUGGGGCUUCCUGUGUAAACUGGUUUGGGAAAUUGAUUGAUAUUAGAUUUAAUCGUGAUGCUGGAACUGGAGAAGAUCUGUUUGUGAGAGUAGCCGCUUCAGAAUUAGAAUCAAGUAACAAGAAGAGUGGAGUUGCGGUGGUUGUGGCAAUGGUAAUCAUAUCAAUACUAAUCUUCUUGGCUUUAAUCAGCUGGUUUAUCAUCAGAAGAGUAAGAAGAAGUGCAAGAGGAAUUUUAGACAAAGGAGCUGUGAUGAUUGAAGCUCUAAUUGAAGAAAAUGAACUUGAAAUGCCAAUUGGUUUAAUAGAAGGAGCAACAGAUCAUUUUUCCAUUUCCAAUAAGAUAGGAGAAGGAGGUUUUGGGCCAGUUUAUAAGGGAAAACUCCCAUCUGGCCAUGAAAUUGCUGUUAAAAAACUAGCAGAAAGAUCUCGUCAAGGAAUACAAGAGACUGAUAGAUCUUGGGAUAAAACUGUUAAAAUAGAUGAACGAAGACGUUCGUUGCUCAAUUGGCCAAUGAGAAUUGAUAUCAUAGUUGGUAUUGCUCGAGGACUUCUUUAUCUCCAUCGAGAUUCAAGACUUCGAAUAAUCCAUAGGGAUCUUAAAGCUGCCAAUAUUUUAUUAGAUAGUGAAAUGAAGCCAAAGAUCUCAGACUUCGGCAUUGCACGGAUGUUUGGUGAAGAUCAAACUGAGACAAAAACAAAAAGAGUUGUUGGGACUUUUGGCUAUAUGUCUCCAGAAUAUGUAAUAGAUGGCUGCUUUUCAUUCAAAUCCGAUGUUUUCAGCUUUGGAGUUAUGCUUUUGGAAAUAGUUAGUGGUAAAAAGAACCAACAUUUUUUUCACACUGAACAUCAUCAACUAAAUCUUCUUGGACAUGUGUGGAAACUUUGGAAUGCAGGAAGGGCAUUGGAAUUUGUAGAUGAGACAUUGAGAGAUCAGAUUGAAGAAUAUGAAACACUAAAAUACAUAAAUAUUGGACUUUUAUGUAUUCAAGGACGUCCAGAGAAAAGACCAACUAUGUCAUCUGUGCUUUCCAUGUUAGAGAAUGAUAAUAUGGAAUUCAUAUCUCCAGGGCGACCAGGAUUCUACGAAGAAAGAUUUGAAUGGUUUGAUGCUGAUAGUUCACCACCACUAGAUGUUAAAUUAACUUCUAGUUCAAACAAUGUUGUUACUGUUACCUUAUUUGAUGGUCGAUAAAGGACCUGUGAAUACAUUCUUAAAACUUAUGUUCUAGUUUAGUAAUAAUAAUUGUUAUUGGUUUCCUUUGUAGAGAAAAAUCCCAUACAUUAAGUUAAAGGACUUAGAGGCCUAAUAUUGAUAGCAUUGAAAUUGAAAGUGUGAUAUCUAAUUCUGCUUAAUUUGGCAAUAAUUUUUACAUUUCAA